AUGAGUGAGCCACAGCAUCAGGUUGAACAUCAAGUCAAGUCUGUUGUCGAUGUAGUAGAUGACGAAAAAGCGGAACUGAAAAAGCAAAUUGACAAACUGCGACCUGUAGCCAUUGCUUGCGAAGAUGAAGCGGAAACAUUGGAGAAAAUAAUACAAGAUAUCAAUGAUAGUGAAAUCAGAAGUGGCGAAAGUAUUGAAAAAGAAUUUGGACAUCUUGUGAACCUUCUCACUACAAGAAAAGAGAAGCUGAAAGAGGAACUGAAACAGAAGUCACAGACUUGUCGUGACAAUGUGCAUUCUCGUCAAGAGAACUUGAACAAUAUGAAAUCAAGUUUGAACAAGGGGCUGAGAGAAGCUGAACAUACUUUGUCAUUGAAUGCAUUUGCUGCACUGUCACAAACAAAAAGUGUUAUUGAGCAAUUAGAAAAGGCUAAGAAUGAUUGCAGAGAAUACCAUCACCAUUCUUCGUUACCUACAAUCAUUUCGUUUACUAUUCCCAGUCAAGCUAUUGCUCAAACUGUUGCAAGUGUAGGCUCUGUCGUGGAAGCACUAACAGGUGGUUAUGGUUUGUCGAGUUGCGAAGUGUAUGAUCCUCCAUCGAAUACAUGGACUCCAGUCGCCAGCAUGUCAUCAGCACGACAGUGCCACACUGCAACUUUAUUAUCAUCCGGGAAAGUAUUAGUAACAGGUGGUGGAAGUUUGUCGAGUUGCGAAGUGUAUGAUCCUCCAUCGAAUACAUGGACUCCAGUAGACAGCAAGUCAUCAGCACGACAGAUCCACACUACAACUUUAUAA